AUGUCCGGGUCCCAGGCCUGCCUGCCCCCAGUGCUCCUCUUGGCCAUGUACUUCUGCCAUUCGACGGAGGUAGCGCACAGCAUACAGCAAAGCUUCAAGAGUGAGCUCCUCAACUUUUACCAUACAUUCAUCCUCGCAGACGGCAAGGAAACCACAGUGCACCUCUUGGAAGAUAUACCCAAAAGGUAAAGGGAGCCUUAUAUGUCCUUUCAUUUCAUCCGAAUUCUUGCAGCCACACCACACCCUAAACCUCCUCUGGCUUGCAGGACAUCUUCGGGAGAAGAAAAGGCUGAGGAGUAAACCCAGCACAAAUCCAGAGUGGAUUCCCUAAGAUGGUUGGAUGGUGCCUUGAACACCUCCUUCCAGCAACUCCUGCAGCCAAGCUGGUGCCAAAUGUAUUCCUCUGCUUUUCUUUAGAAAAGGAAAGAGCCACUAACCAUCAGUGGGGGGGGGGGAGCAAGCACUUGUUUACAAAAAUCUGCUAACCACACAGGACGUCAUCUAAUGCACAACCCUGAAACACCAGAGAGAGUACAUCCUUUUGUUGCAUCCGAGUAAAAUAUGAAAUCUGCAACAAGCAACACACUCCAUCUAAGAUCAAAAUUAUGCACUGUCGCUCUACAGCAGUCAAAAGAGCAAGCUUAAACAACUAACAAAAUAGCUCCAUUGUGUGCAUACCCUCCAGAAAUAAGUACCGUAUUUUUCUGUGUAUGAGACGACGCUUUUUGCUAAAAAAAAUUAGGCAAAAAUUGGGUGUCGUCUUAUACACAGAUAGUGAAUGCCGAGGGGGGACGUGCGAUUAAUGGCAGCAGCAAGCAGGAGAUUGGCAGCAGCAAUUGGGUGGGUGAUUGGUGGCUGUGGCAAGGCUUGCUGGCGAUUGGCUGUGGCUGCGGCAAUUGGGAAAGCGAUUGGCGGCUGUGGCAAGGUGGGCAGACAACUGGUGGCUGCGGUGAAGUGUGCAAUCGGCAGUGGCAGUGGCAAGCGAUUGGCAGUGACAGGCAGACGGGUGAGCGAUUGGCGGAAGUGACCUCCCCCACCCCCCAAAAAACCCUAAACAACUUAAUUUCUUAAUUUUGGCUUAAAAAAAAAUUGGGGUCGUCUUAUACAUGGGGGUGUCUUAUAUAUGGAAAAAUACGGUACCACCACAUUCCUUAGCAGCUCCAUCUCUUCCAGUUGGUGGGAUGAUGGACAAAGUUCUUCAUUAUUCAUCUCCAGAAAUGAAAGUGAUCUGUGCUCUUUACAUAUGCUUGCCUCAAGAAUAGAUAAGCAGACACACAUCUGACAAAAUGCUAUCUCUAUUUGUAUUGGGGGUGAGGGAAUCAUUCCUGUGAAUGCAGAACUUAAGGGAGCCAAAUCUUAAUUGGAGCCAAGUCUAGAGGGACGUAUUCCUGAGGAAUGCAGUGAUGCCAAACACAAACCCUGCAAAUGUUAGCUUCCUCAGUUAUCUCAUAGGAGCCACAGAAAACUGAGUGAGAGUUGGGAAAGAAAAGCAAGCAGAGAGAAGAAACUGGCUUGCAUGAGCCCCUAACAACUUACAAUAUCCUGAAGGAAAGUGUGGCCGACUGGCUGCAAUCUUAACUGGAACCCUCCCAUUGUGGGUUACAAUGCAAAGAUCUCAUCUGAAGAAAUAUAUGGUUUUUCAUGAUAUUUCUAUUAUAUAUUGCUUCUACAAGUAACAGUAUUGUGCACCAGAAUGUGAAGUUCUCUAUUAUCACCAUUUUUGCAAGGAGGUUCUCUGCUCUGUCACCAGUAGUUCUCUGCUAUUCCCCCGAGACACCAGUUCAUCACAUUAGCACCUGUAAAUCCAAUGCAUAUUCAUACAUGAAAGCCAGCCGCUUCGCUUCAGACACAGGCACUGCAGAGAGUGGGAGAGGAGCAAGGCCACGUAAAUGCUACCAGGUUACAUAAUGUAUAGCAUGACCGCAAGAGCACAUAGAAGAACUCUCGGAGGGGCAGUAAAAGUGAAAAGAAUAAAUUGGGAUAAUUGGUUGUGGUUUUAAAAUAUGGCCUCUAUCCUCAGCUGAAGCAACGGGUUGAGUUUUAAAAUAUUGGUUCCAAAUGGACUUACAAAAUCCAUUUUAUAAGUAUCUUUGCUAAAAACUGGGGCUCGCAUUAAAAACAACACCUUAUUAAUCACAUAGAUAUCACUCAUCCAAAGCAUUUGAAAACAAAUUCUACCUUCACAAAGUCCGGAUGUGAGGCAUGCGACUACGUGAUCAGAUGAUGUUACAAAUCUCCCAGAGGGUCUCAGCAGUCACAAAAUAAAAGACUUGUGCAUGUGUGGCAGUAGUUUGCAAGAACCCCUCUACUGGGAUUGUGGUUGCUGUGAGUUUUAUGAAGUUGUCUGCAGAUUUGAGCUGAGAUGUUACCUGGUGGUCAGGUGAGUGGCACAGCCCCACCUCAGUAUCCACUGCUGUAGUUCCCAGACUUGUGAAUGGGAAGAGCUCAUUGAUGCUGUAUGCUUCUUCUCGGACUUGCUAGGGAUGUCCCUUCUAGUGGAAGCCUACAGGGUACAAUGACUCUCAAGGACUCUUCUUCUCCCUUCUUUCCAAGGUACUAUUUUGUUUUAGAGAAAGGCAGGACCUCUGCACCGUUCACUGUGAGAGUGACUCCGUGCGAUGUCCCCAUUGAGUGGAGCAUCCGGGUCCAUAAGACUUCAGCAAACUACCUUGGGAAAGCAGCACGUGGUAAGAGAUGCAUGCAAGGCCAUGGAUUAGGAGGGUCAUCAAUGUUAGCUAGCCAUUCAUAAUGGUUGAUUCAUCCCUCGGCUCUAUUUUUCCUUCCUGGCAGCAGAAAAAAAUACUGGUAUAUUUGUCCCAAGUGAAUCUCCACCCCACCCCCCGUCUCUCCCACUUCCUCAUUCGUCACUCUCAUCGUCUCUCCUAUGGGUAUUGCUAUGUGCCCUCUGUCUUUGAGCUCUUUGCUCUCCUACUUUCAAGGCUCGCUGGGUUCUGGGAGGGGGAGUAUGGAAUGCUUUCUAAAGACACUGUGUCCAUCAGCUGUCAUCCCCUUGGUGUUUCUUUUUUCUCCUCCUCCCCCUCCUCCUCCUUUUCUCCCAUUAUUUCUCAACUUUCCCCCUCAUCUGUCUCUGAAAUGUGACCUCCCUCAAACCCCUGUUGUAAAUCUAAACUGCCUUCCUCUUCCUCCUCCCUGGAAGGGUCAAGCUGGGGAGGCGGUCUCCACCAUUCCUCCUCUGCCCAGUCCCUGACACCCAGAAGGGAACAAGGCCUUCAGUCUGAAAAAUGUUCUCCAAACCUAGCUGAACAUUUCUGCCCAUCCCCCAAAGAAGCGUGACUUAAAAUAUUUUUGCAUUUCCAUAUGUCAUUGACAGAUGAUUUGGACGUUCAGGAAGCCUUAAAGUUUCCAAAGACCAUGAAGACCGUGUCUACUCUCUUCAGCUACAGAGGCAAUUCUGUGGAGACAUACAUGGGGACAUCUUACUAUUCCGCUGUCUACGUGCUGGAAUUCCUGUCCAUUGAAAGAGACACCCAAAUCACGGUGUAUCUAACGACAGACACAACUUCUGAGCACCUGUAUCCAGAACUCCCAACGGAUCCACGCAUAGAUGUCGUCGGCAUUAGCCACACCACGGUAACCCUGGCUUGGAAGCAGAGUUCAACAGCCCUGCAGCACAAAGAAAAUGUCCAGUAUUGUCUUCUGGUAAAUGAAAGGCAUAACUACAAGAGCUUAUGCGCAGCAGAAACAGCCCUAAGACCUUCUGGAGUGACGUCGCAGCAAGCAUUAGCGCUCUCACUGUCUCCGUAUGUCCUGGACCCUCAGCAAGUGAUGAUCACGCCCAAUGGCGAACUGAGCCUUGUUAGCAAAGCUGGCAAUGGGGAGGUGAGGCAGAUAUGUGUUGGCACCAAGAAGACCUACACAGUCACCAACCUGAGACCCAGCACUCAGUAUUACUUUGAUGUGUUUGUGGUCAACUUCCUCACCAAUGCCAGUGCUGCCUACACUGGAACCUUUGCCCGAACCCUCGAGGAACCGGAGCCCAAAGUCACCAUCCUAAAGGAUGGGAAGGUGAUUCAACUCACCCUAGAUGGGAGGAAGGAAGCUCUCCAUGAUCUGCAGUACCAGGCUGUGCAAAAGCAGGUUCAGUUUGCCUUUCAGUCUUGCAGUGGCCAAAUACGGGUCGAGAUAGCCAGAGGUGGGAAAGUGCUCAUGUCAGAGAGCUUUGCCGGCUUGAGGCACUUCAUGCUGAAGGGAAGGCCGGGAGACCUUUACCUGCUGCACUUGGGUUCCACAGAACCUUCAAACGCAUCUGUGAAGGUACAGGUGUCCUCUCUCUUCCACAGGCCUUUCUUCCCAGUCUUGCCAGAGAGUUUGAAAAUCAAGUCAUUCAGCAAGCUGAGGACUUGCAAUUCUGUCACCAUCGCCUGGCUGGGCACACAGCAGAUGAGCAAGUACUGCGUGUACAAGAAACAGAUUGAGGAGGACCAGGUCUGGAUGGAAACCAGGAACGCCGACAGGUGCUCAGGGCCAGAGUCAAGGCAAAAAGGCGACAAGGUGCUGUGCAAAUACUUCCACGAUCUCAAUCUCCGGCGAGCCGUGACGACCGAAACCAUCAGCGGGCUUGAAGCAGGCACAGUCUACUUAUUCGAUGUUUACCUCAUUGGGCCUUCUGGGAUUCCUGUCAGAUAUUACAGUAAAGUGGUAAAAACGCGGAAGAAAUGUUGA